AUGCCACCAAAACAUAAAGUACCUCCUUGCGGAAAUCCUUUAUAUUCAGAAUGGUUAAAAGAGUGGAUGCAAGAGGCUAAGGCCGCCAAAAAUAAUAAAAGUUAUUACGUCUAUAAGAAGGCAUAUGAGUCAGUGGAGAAAUAUCCUAUACCUUUUCAACAUCCGGCUGAAGCUACCAUUUUGAAUGGUAUUGGACCUACAUUAAUACAAAAAUUAGAAAGAAAACUAAAUCAGCAUUGUAAAGAAAAUAGCCAACCCAUGCCUUCGCGACCUGAUGAGGGAACAAAAGAAUUCACUUCUAUUGAAAAUGAAUCGAAAAAUCAAAAGAAAAUAACCACAUCUAAAACAUACGUUCCACAAUAUCGCUCCGGAGCUUACGCCAUUAUGUUGGCACUUUACAAAUAUUGUGAAUUAGAGUCAACACCUUCAGUGACAAAAUCAGAACUCAUAAAGGAGGCACAAAAUUAUUGUGAUGCUUCUUUUGAUAUGCCAAUUGCCAAUCAAAAAUAUUAUACAGCUUGGAAUUGUAUGAAAACUUUAUUGGAUAAGGAUUAUGUUUACAAAAAUGGUUAUCCUGUAAGAUUUUCAUUAACCGAAUCUGGGCUCAAGAUCGCAAAACAAAUGAUACAGACCGUCAAAUCACAAGGCAAAUUAAUCUUCCCAGGUUUUGAUUUUGAUCAACUUGAAGCUAAAAAAUGUAUUGAUCGUGAAUUAUCACUUUCCACAAAUGAAAAUUUUUCUAAUUCGAAAACAAUUAUAAAUUUGGUGGAUGAUCCUGUUCAAAUUGGUAUCAGUUACCAAUAUAAAAAUCAAUCAAUAAUAGAACCAUCAACUUCAACAUCAUUAUCUAAUAACGAAUUAAAUGCGUUUUCUAACCUCAAGCCAAUAGAAUGGGCACCUGGCACUUUUGAAGUAAUUUUAGUUUUAGAUAAUAGGGAAGUGAAAUUAAAAAAGGAUCGAGAUUAUAUUCAAGACUCCUUACAACAAAAAGGUCUAGAAAUAUCAGUUAGAAAUUUGGAACUUGGUGAUGUAAUUUGGGUGGCACGAAAGUGUAACGGUUUGUCACAGCAAGAACUUGUCUUAGACUAUGUUAUAGAAAGGAAAAGGAUGGACGACUUGGUUGGUAGUAUAAAAGAUGGACGAUUCAGAGAACAAAAAUUUCGUCUAUCAAGAUCUGGUAUGGGGCAAAUAAUUUAUCUAAUUGAAGAUUAUAAUAUGAAAGAAGUUGCAGAAUUUGGAAUGGAUGCUAUUAAGUCUGCGAUGUCAUCUACUCAAGUACUGAAUGGUUUCUUUUUAAAACGUACGAGCACAAUCGAUCAAAGUAUCGAUUACCUGGUCAGGAUGACAAAUAUGCUAAAGAAAUUAUAUGAGAAUACCACCUUGUAUUCUAUUCCAGAUGGUGCUAUUUAUCGUAAAAACUUCUUGGAUUUGAAACAACACCUUGCCACUAUUUAUGCAGAUCGUACGUUCCAUGUCUCAUAUGCUUCAUAUUCUGAACUUAAUAGUAAAAGUAGGAGUUUGACAUUGAAAGAUACUUUUGUAAAGUUAUUAAUGACUGUUAGAGGAAUAAGUGUCGAAAAGGCCGCGGAGAUUGCAAAGGUUUAUUCGACGCCACAUCAUUUAUUUGAAGCUUAUAAUUCUUUGAACAACGAAGAAGCAAAAAAGAAAAUGCUUAUGGAAAUUGGUGGAAAUAUGGUUCGUAGAAGAAAGAUUGGCACAUCUUUAAGUGAAAAAGUUUAUCAAAUUUGGAAUAGUGAUAUUUAUCCAUAA